AUGAAUCCUAGGGCCGGUCAUUACUGCGACGGAUUACAGCCAAUUACCGGACAGACAACCGGUUACAUAACCUCAUAUUGGAAAGAAGUACCUGCAAAUGUUCAACCGUCCGAUUGGACCUUGCCGCCUGUGGAUGUUCAAUACCGGAACCAAAUGAAUUGCCGGUGGCAGAUAGUUGCUGAUAAGGGGAAAAUCAUAUCGCUCGAAUUCGAGUUCUUUCACACAGAAUGCGGCUGGGACUUUGUUGAUAUCUACGAUGGACCAGAUACCCAGUCCAGACAGUUGGGACACUUAUGUGGAAACAGGGGCAAGGAAAGGGGCUUCAACGACGUAAUCACAUCGUCUAAUAACUCAAUAACGGUCGUCUUCACAUCGGACGUGGCCAUUACGACAACUGGGUUUAUUGCCAUGUUCAAGGUCAUGGCACAGAUUGCAGCGGGCACCAGUGCCUUGGAGGGGUGUGCCAGUGUGGAAGUGACCGCAGAGGAGAUUUUUGCCAAUUUUGCCUUUACGCCACGAGAGUUUCACUCUGCUGCCUAUUCUCCAGCUCAAGAUACCAUGUACAUAACGUUUGGUGAGAGUGAUAUCCGCGGGCAACCCCCACUGAACGAUAUGUUUGCCUACCAUGUAGCUACCAAUACGUGGGAGCAGAUAACAAAUACGAGUAGCGCGCCCGUCGGCCGGCUGUAUCAUUCGACGUGGGUUACCGAUGACGGUAAUCUCAUAAUGUACGGUGGGUCAUAUCCGAACGGCAUUUCAAAUAAUGAUCUUUGGCGAUUUCGCCCAGAUAAAAAGUCUUGGGACCGCAUUGUAGUACGCUCCGACAUAAAUGACAGAAAAAACUUGCCUCCCGGAAACUUGAACGGGGCUGCGACUGCACUAGUGCGCAAUGGCGGUUCUCCUAUGAUAUACGUAGUUGGUGGGUACACCAACGACGCAACAAGAGGAACUCGUGAAGCGUAUGUCUUUGAUCUUGUCGCAGGUGUGUGGACCCAGCUUCCAUCGGCCCCAGUCAAAACUUUUGGAGCGUCUCUCAUUUACCACCCCGCUACCAAUACGCUUCACCUGAUCGGAGGGUACCGGUUUGAUGUAGGAGAACCCACACUAGGCUAUACCAGUUACGUCUACUCCAUCGACGCAGGGCUAUGGUACGUUGGAGCAUGGCAGAGUUAUACCACGAUGAAUAUCUGGAAUCGUGGUGAAUAUAUCGGAGACGAUGUGGGAGUUGUGACUGGGGGUUUACGACCUCUAUUAGUUCAGAAUGAUAUUGACAUGGAAUGUUUUACGGAGACAGUGAGAGUGCUGGACCUGGCCUGCAACAAGAUUGUGGGCAAGCAAUUGGGCUUUCCCUUUCGUCGAAAAGGUCACUCGAUGGUAGUCACGAACAAUGGUACACUGCUUCUAGCUGGCGGGAGCAAUGGAUUCAACUUGAACGAUAUCGUUUCCGCGCCAUCGAGCAGUCUCAAACCAACGACAUCACGCGAGGAUAGAGAUGCGUGCGCCGUGCAACAGUGGUGUGAGCUUUACUAUGACUGCACGGACUGUCUCGCCAGGAGCUUUUGCGGAUGGUGUGGAGAUCGGUGUGUGUAUGUUGGAGGAGGCACUGCGACGGUGCCGAUGGCGGGAAAUGCGACUUGCCCCGGUGCAGUGUCAAAAAACAUUGCGCAAUGCCCGCUGAGACUCCCUUUGAAACUUUCGAGUCCAGUAAACGCAACAGUUUCUUUAGGUGGAUAUGUUGAUUAUAAAGCCAGCAUCGAUGCCCCAGACAAAGAUCUACUUUUCACUGUUUCUGCAAACCCUUCUAGCGCUCACCUCAACCUCACAAUCAUAUCCAUCCGGCCAAUCGGGGUUGUUUCAUCUGUGACUGGAACUCUGGUUCUCCUUGCGUCAGACUACCGACAGAUACCAGGAGACUACGUUAUCCGUGUCAGCUACCCGGCUCCCGCAAAUCAGAGGCGCCAACUCACACAGCCACCAGCCGUACAGUUCACUCUGCUAGUCGAAACAAGGGUACCAGAGGAAACUGGUAGUGGAACUGGUUCCUCAGGAUUUCGGAUAGAUUCGCAAGACAUUACGACGUUUGUGGUGAUAUUUGUGUCAUCUGUGCUACUAAGUAUGUCUGCUACGUACCUCCUUCGUCGAAUGCGAGAACGACUACGGCUGUUGAGAUUGGUGAGGGAAGGCGAGAUACCAAUUAUGCCUAAAGAGCCUCCGAAGAUUUACGAGGUUGAGCUCGAAAUGACGGGAAUGCCGGGGAGUGAGGCAUUACUACGAAGUCGUGCGAGAGCGCGGGGAUCCGGGGAUACGAUUGGGUCAAUUCCUCGCCGAAAAGCGGCUACAGAUGGUGCAGAAGCGAAAACGGAUCCGGAGGGCUUGGAACUGUAUAACCUGCGUGAAGGGCAGAUUUUGCGUACGGUACAUAUGGACGAUGAGGAGCACAAAGGGGAGUCAAAAACUCCGAGACGUAGAAGUGGAGGACGAUCGGGGACCACAAGCAUAAUACAAUACCCACUCUCCGUCCACCCGUUUUCAUAUCUACCUCAGCAGGAAGGGGAUGCUUCCACGUCGCCAGAAUCGUCAGAUCCUCUAAUAACAACCUCUUACCUCAUCCUCCUCCCAGGGGCGCAUGUUCAAGUUUCUCAAGGGAUGCUGCCUUCUGUCCAAAUUGCGACCGCGGUCCUUUAUGACAAGACAGCCAAAAACUCACGCCAUACGAAUAGUGGUGGACAUAGGCAAAGGGGUCGGGUGAUGCCUGGUUUUAUGAGGGGAAUUUGGCAAUACUGUGUUGACUUGUGGAAUAUUGAGGUUCUUGUCGGCGGACGCUUUUAGAUAGGACGCGGGCGGCGCUAUGUAUCAGCGUCACGAAAAUGAUUAUACUCGAGGUCAUCCAGGACUUCCAAUCAUUGUACAAACGAAGCUAUGCUUGUCGCAUCUGCUAGACACUGUCUCUUUAUCGUGAAUCAUGGCUCCAAUAAAAAUUC